CUACCAUCUGCGACAGUCGUUUCCUGAAGCAGUCUCGGAUCAACAUGAGUUUUCUUGUUCUCGCUUGUUCGGUUGGGCUUGCUGCUGGCAGCUUUGAUUACGCUGGUAGGCCCACUCUGGAAGAUUUGAAGCAGUUUUACGAAGUGGAUAAAGAUAUUUACGUCCUGCAAAGAUCCUUCUCUUUAGUCGGUCGGGACAAUCAAGAAGCAAAGUGCAUCUAUAAUGAAGGAAUAUCCCUGCAAGAAAAUACUCUUAUCCUUAAGGAAGCAUACUUACGCGGCCUGACAAUCUAUUAUUACAAAGUGGAAAUGAACGUCACAGAUGGACAAGGAAGGGACCAAGCACCCCUAAUGAAGGCGAAGCCAGAAGCUGAUUUGAAAAUUUCACGCACAGUAGGCAAAAUACAAGAGGACAGUACAGAUAAACAACCAACUGAUUCGAGGCAAUACGUUUUUCAAUACCAUGACCUGGACAAGCACUGUGCCGUAGUCACAUUCAAUGACGGAGUCACAAGAUGCGAACUCCUUUUCUGGGGACAAAACAACAGAAUUACGCAAAGAUUCGAAAACUGCCAGCAAGAAUAUAAAAGCCUCUGCCCUCACGGCAAAGCAUUCACAGUUUACGACUCUCAAUGCACAGAUUGGUUUCGUCCUAAAUUCAUUCAGUUACCAUGGUCAGCCAAGUAGACCGGAUAGAGGGAGACCUCGGAGAUUUCGAGAUCGCUUGAAAUGAAAUAAAGCUUUUGAGCAGCACAAAGUGGGCCGCUCCAUUGU